GGUGUCAGAGGCAGGCAGAGGAGGAGGAGGAGUGUGGCAGUCUCCGCUCACUUCUCCACAGCGAGGGGACUCCGAGAAUAAACAAUCCCCACAGACUGCACGCACCUCGCCGCCGCAGCUCACGCACAGUCGCGGUUUGAAUGUGUGUCGCUUUUUGUUAGCAGCUGAAUUUUACCUUCGUUUUAGUUUAUUUUUUUUAAUCUUUUUUUUUUUGUCAAGCCUUCUUCGCCAUUUCUGCCUGCUGCCAAAAGUGUCGCGGCCGCUUUCAUUGGAUUUGCCUCCUCCUGUCGAAUAACAGCGAUGCGCCUCUCCGGCUGAGUGAGGGGUGGACGAGCAGGUCGCCCUGCAACACACUGCAAGAUCUGCAAAGUAUAAGGGCGCCACUGACAGAGCAACAGCCUGGCUGAAGGACAGAAACCCUAAAUAUCAACAACGAUGGAUUAUGCCAACAUCUCUGUGGUAAAGUCACACUGACUUUUCCACUGCCACUAAUGUGAGCGUGAAGUUUGGCCUUCUGGGAUCCUGUAGCAUUUAAAGGCAUACAACAAUGCCUUGGAGGCUUGCCUACCCCAGAUUCCCUCCAGCCAUGGUUGCUGUUUCAAUGCACUAAGCCAACCACGGAAAGGGAUCAGAUACAGCCAGUGUAUCCAUCCUCUCAGCUGUACACUCACUCUUUGCAACAGCACAACAUCGUUUUGGUAUUAAACAAGUUUGUGCCACUGUCAACCAGAUGUCUUGGACAGCUGUUAUUUAACAGUAGCAUUGCUGAGCUAUAAGAGGGGAUCUGAGUAUUGAACAUGACUCAUGGGGAGGAGCCUGGCCCUGAGACACACAAGGAUUCAGCUGUUUUAACUUAUCUGGAAGGUUUACUGAUGCAUCCAGUUGUGGCCGGGCCUGGGGCCACGGCAGGUGGAAGAUCCGAGGCUUCUAACAGCAAUCAGGAGCAGGGCAACAAAGCCGGAGGGCCUCUACCACUACCAAACCAUGACCCAAUGGUAGCCAAAGCUGGAACCAAUGGGCCCAAACUAGGUUCUUCACAACAUCUAAAGAAGGCCCGGUUGUUGCGCUCUGGGGCCUGGAAUGACCCAGGGAACCAGAGAAUGAGUUCACCUCCAGUAGAACUGAAUGGCCAAGUAGGAACCCUGCAGAAUGGUGCCCUGGAGGGAUCUCCCCAUGCUGGAGAGAGCACCCUGUUGGCUUCUUUGCUUCAGUCAUUCAGCUCAAGGCUUCAGAGUGUAGCAAUGUCUCAGCACUCUAAUAAGCCCACUGGUGAGUGUUCUUCUCCGCCCAAGGCACCAGCUGCAGAUAAAGAGCCACUACCUGUUUACGGCACAGCCUCAAGUCGCCUUAAAGGCCUAAUAAGGAAGAGCAAACUACAGAACCAUAACAACACCCCGUACAGCCGCCGGGGUCACAGUCGGGACAGGCCACCAGAGUCCCCUAGGUCGGUACACAGCGCCACACCUCCUGCAGCACCUACGGCGGCCGAAUCUGUGUCCUGUGCAGAACGUUUGAAGGCUGUGGCCAACAUGGUCAAAAUCCGAUCCAGUCCCGCACCUUCACCCAAGCCCAGCGUCGCUUGCAGUCAACUCGCCCUCCUGCUAUCCAGUGAAGCCCAUCUCCAGCAAUACUCCAGAGAGCAUGCCCUCAAAGCUCAGCUCUCAGGAAGAUCUGCCAGUGAAAGACUGGCUGCCAUGGCAAACCAGCAGCAUGGUCAGGACAAAAGGCCAUCAAGUGUGGGGGGGUCUUCAGACCCAGUUAGCUCCUUAUCGACCCAAAACGGAAUGACACCAACAACCACAAUAACAACAACCACACUCCCUCAAACGGCCGUAACCAGUCCUCAGAGCCCAGCACUGCAGAGAGGCCACAGCCAAAACUCUCCACCCACUCCCCCACACGCUCCAAGCCUGCCGACUAGGGAGAAGAGAGGCUUUGACACGCGUCCGACCCGGCCGCCCCAAACAUGCAGCAGCUUGCUCCUGCUGCUGCUGAACAACCACAACAACCAGAAGCAACUGACCAAGAACGGGCACCUGGAGGACAUCAGCGGCGUUCUUCCACAAAGUGGCUCUUCUUCAGUCACAUCAGACAGCGAGUGCUCUGUCCAUGAGCGGAGCAAUAUCAAGGACAGCAGUGAUGCUGACAGCUCCUACUCCAGUUGUUCUCCCAUUGACCUCUCCAUGAGAGGCCGCAGCAGUUUACAAGACACAGGGCCCAAAAAUGCACCCCCUUUCUCCUCCUCCUCCUCUUCCUCCAACUCCACAUUCUCUUCUGCCACUGUGUUCUCCUCACCCCCUGUAACGAUCUCUCCUCAAGCUUCUACCCAGCCUUCUACUACAUCCUUUUCUCCUUCCUCUAUAGCUGUGUCUUCCGUGUCACAUGCAAUGUCUUCAUCCUCCUCUUCUUUUUCUAAUUCUUCCCUGGACAAACUGACCGAAUCCUUACUAAACAAGUGGAAGCCAGAGCCAUCAAGAUCAACUGUAACCAAGAACAAGGAGCCUGUAAUGAACGCAGACCUAAAAUCCCACCCGAAGGUCACACUCAUGCAACUUCUUCUUGAGCGAAGGAAUAAUGAGAUGGCUAAUAAGAACACAGGUAGACAGGACUUGCCCCUUGAUAUAACUAUGGCUAACAUGUCACGGAAUCAGCCAAAGGGGUCCAUUCCUUGGGAAGAGAGCCCGACAAAAAGCCCCAUUGAAAGACCUGCAGGCCCAUCCCAGUCUCUCUACUCACUCAGUCAUGACCCAAGUGCCGCACUGUCCCCAUAUUCAUACCCCUCUCCACAUGUCCAGUCCAGCCCACUUGAUUUGUGUAAGUCUAAGACUUUCCCUGCUGACAAAGCUUCAGAGCCAGCCUUCAGUGCCAGUAAACUGUUACAAAAUCUGGCACAGUGUGGCACAGCGUCCUCCCCCCCACACAUUCCAUCCGGAAAAGGGUUAAGCCAGGAGCUCAGUGACAGCAGGCCCCAUGCCCUGUUGGAAAGGCUCAAUACUCCUAUCAACAGGAACACCCCUACCCCACUGUCUGAUGGAGCUUCAGGCAGUAGCACACCUUUCAGUCGUAAGGAACCUUCCCCACCUUCACAAAUUGAGAACCUUCUGGAGAGGCGCACUGUGCUGCAGCUGCUUCUAGGCACCGGUUCAGCUGGUGCUGCAGCCAACCGCAAAGACAGACCCAGUGGGAGUGGCAGAGGGAGUGCUGAAACGGAGGCGGGGUGCUUUGAGAGGAGCCCCACUGCCUCCAUCCUCUGUGACAGCUCUAAUGGUUCCCCUUUAGGUGUAAAAGUAAAAUCAGAGCUCACAGAUGAGCUAGGGUCAUCCUUUGCUAAGUCUGAGGACUUGAGCGGCAAAAAGAAACUGAGUUCUUAUGAGAAGAACGGGCCGCUCCCUAACUCUCAGCAAGACUUAAAGACAGAACCAAGGCCGGCAGAGGUCAUAGCAAAAUAUGGCCUCCUCAGCCAGCUGCUUAAACAACAGACCGCUACCUAUUAUACCAGUUCUGCCAUACAGGCUGAGUUGCAACCCAGACAAUUCAAAGAGGAGCAGAGGGACUAUCCAAACCCCAGUCCUAAAAGGAGACGUGUCUGCUCGGAACACACAGACAGCUUGAACAACAUUAACUCUCCGAGAGUGGACAGUGGUAACACAAACAUGUCUGCCUCUUCUGCUGUUCAGGUAGAGCCAGAGCAGCAGAGGAGUCUGAAGGAGGAGGAGCUUCCACCACGGAGCCCUCUGAGUGAAACCCUUACCAGAGAGAGCCGUGGAUUCAACGUACUGAAACAGCUGCUGCUCUCUGACAACUGCCUGAAGGAGCUGUCCCAGCAGCCACGUGGGGGGCCCAGUCCCUCUAUCCUCCAGGCCAGUGGCAAGGCCAAUGGCAACAGUCUGAGUCAGCCAACCCAAAAUCAUAAUUUCCUCCACCUGCCUAGCUGGCACCCCCAUGGUCCCAUCAACUCAGGGCUUCCAAAUCAUCUAAGACCACUGCCCACCCCUCCGGAAGGCAACAACCCCAUUCGCCCAGCUCCGUGGAUCCGCCAGCCGGUUCCAUGGCCCGUCGCUCAAAAACGAGAGCCUCCUACUUUAAUCAAACAGGAGCCUGAGAGCCCCAUUCGUUGGAGCGGUCAGGAGAAUGACGGCGUGGACGAGGGUUGCGAGUCGAACCCGGACUCGCCGCGGCUCUCACGUUCCAACCCCAUCUUGUAUUACAUGUUGCAAAAGGGCAACAUCCAGCUGAGCAAAGAGGCCCCCGACCAGGCAGAAGGAGCCCGGCCUGUGGUCAGGGUCAAAGAGGAGCCGGUCAGUGAAAUGCACGCCUAUGAGCGCAGCCUGAGCUCCACCCCUCAAUCACCAACCCACAAUGACAAGCACAGCCAUGAGGGCCAGGGGUUGAGCCAGUCGUCCCAGUAAACAGUUGUAUCAACUACAAAAACAUUCAAAAUGGAAUCAAAUCCAUUGACUCCUUGUUUUCAUUUUUCUGUACCUUGCCAAAUUGGUUUGAUGAGAAAAUGACUUAUUUGUUUUUUUUAUUUUUCAUUUGAUUAAAAAAAAGAAGUGUAUUGCUGUCUCAGUUUUAAAUAGCUCCGUGAUGGAAUGGGAAAAGGUGGUCUUUAUCAGCCUAACUGAUCCAAAACUACAUAAUGUAGCUCCUCCACCAUUAUUUUGCACUAACUUCAUUGAUGUAAUGGAAAGUCCUCCUUUAUUAUUGUUAAUCUAUCUCUGAAGUCCACACAUAUCAGUUUUUUCCUGUGUUCUGGCUGUUGCCUCUCAUCAAACAUUUAGAGAACAUUUCAGGCAACAUUUUUUAUUCAUGACUCAAAAAAAUGUUAGUGCUCAGCUCAGUGGACAUUUUUUAUUUUCUGUAUCCGAGCAUUUUUCAGAAAUACAAAGUCCUAUUAAUUUUAGAUGGGAUUUCAGCUAAAGCCAUUCCCAGAUAGUUACAGUGGUCUAAUAAUUAAACCAAUGCACAUGACAGAUUGGUUCCACAAAGGACCUUAAAAAACGAAUUCACACCGCAGCAACCCUCAGUUCCAGAUUCUGCCACUAUGAAUGCUUCGUCUUGCUUUUCCUCAGGAUUCAGGGCUGAGGGGAAAUAAUUCAUCAGUGGAGACUCGCUCACUUUGUUCUGCUUCUUUUUUUUCUUCCUUUUUUUCUCUUUUUUUGUGCUGAACCUUUAAGGGUGAGAUUCGACAGUGCAAAUUCAGGGUAAUGUGUUUGCAGACUGUGCAGUUUUGAGCAGAUGGGUCAACAUGAGUGUGUGGUGCUUACAGUUGAGCCUCGCUGUGUAAACAGGUUUCUGGAGCAACAGUAAAAAAAAAAAAAAAAA